UCCUGUUUGGUUUUGCUGGCUUGAAAUAAUCUUUUUUCCUAUAAAUAUUCAUAUCUUAUUACAAGGACGUUAAAGUGAAAACUACCAAAAUUGAGGAUGUCUCAGGAUCCAAACAUACCAAAUGUAACUGAGGGAAAAUCAGAUGUGUCACAGGAUAAUCAACAGGACCAUGUGGACAAUGCAGAGCAGUGCGUCCGAAAGAAGAUUCGUCAGAACACACCAAGUCCUAGUAGAAGUAGUAUAUCUGAGGCUAGCCCUCCUCAGUUUGUGUCCGUGGAGGAACUGAUGGAUACAGCAAAAGGUGUUACAAACAUGGCCUUGGCCCAUGAGAUUGUUGUCAAUGGAGGUUUUCAGAUUAAGCCUGCCGACUUGCCAGAAAACAGUCUUGAAAAAAGAGUAAGAGAUAUUGUCCACAAAGCUUUUUGGGAUUGCUUGGAAACACAGUUAAAAGAAAACCCACCUUCAUAUGAUCACGCAAUUAAGCUUGUAGGAGAAAUUAAAGAGGCUCUCUUGUCUUUUUUGCUGCCUGGCCAUACUCGAUUAAGAAAUCAGAUUACUGAAGCUCUUGAUCUGGAGCUGAUAAAACAGGAGGCUGAGAAUGGUGCCCUUGACAUUUCUAAGCUGGCAGAAUUCAUCAUUGGAAUGAUGGGGACACUCUGCGCUCCAGCGAGAGAUGAAGAAAUUCAGAAGUUGAAAGACAUCCAUGAAAUUGUUCCCCUGUUCAGAGCAAUUUUCUCUGUGUUGGAUUUGAUGAAAAUGGAUAUGGCUAAUUUUGCUGUCAGUAGCAUUAGGCCACAUUUAAUGCAGCAGUCAGUAGAAUAUGAAAGAAAGAAAUUUCAGGAACUGUGUGAAAAACAGCCAAAUUCCUUAGAUUUUGUGACUGAGUGGCUGCAAGAAGCCAUGGUUGAUCUACAGUCCAAAGUUGCCUGUGCUAAUAAUAAUGAUGCUGCAUCUGCCAGUAAAGUUCCUGCACUGAGUCCUGUUGCUGUACAAAAUCAUGCAUAUAUCCAACUACUCAAGUGGAAUCAUCUGCAGAAACCUUUUCCAGAAACUGUGUUAAUGGACCAAAGCCGUUUCCAGGAAAUGCAGCUGGAAUUGGAUCAGCUUAUUCUGAUUGGCGCUAUUCUUCUGGUCACAUUCAAUGCAGCAGGCACAGCUCUUUCUGAUUUGCCAGCUUUUACCAACAAGCUCAAAAUGGCUAUCCAAGUAUUGUUGACAGGGCUACACCUUCCUUCCUUCAAUUUGGGUGAAACUUUGGCUGUCAUAAGCGAAAAGAUUUGUGCUGAAGUUAACAGUUGCCUUUCCCAGCAUGGCUUCACACCGUUUACACCUGAAAAAGUGAUUGUGCUUAAAGGACAAAUCCAGGCUCUUGCCAAUCCUGACAACGCUGUAUGCAAACUGAUAGAUUCAAGGAUCCAGUUGUUUUUAGAGAAUUACCUUGCUUGUGGUCAUCAGAAAUCACUUCCUCCUGUACUUGGUGGAUUGGGCCCAAUUCAGAGAGAGCUGGAGGAGAUUGCUAUCAAGUAUAUUCGCCUUGUUGACUACAACAAGUUGGUUUUCAGUCCUUAUUAUGAUGCAAUUCUCAGCAAAAUAUUGAAUAAAGAGUUUCCUUAGCUGUGAAGAAAACUGAAAAAUGCCAGAUCCAUUUGUAUGCAGUCCCCCAACAAUAGGGCUCCAGUCCAGGACCAGAAGGCUGUUUUAGUCUGCUUUUACUCUUUUUUGGUCAGAAUUAUAGGCUGGAAAAUGGAAGCUUCCUUCAGAGACCCGCUGUUCAUUUAGGAUCCCCACAAUCAGUUCUGACAUGCUCUGUA